ACUGAAGCACAAUAUUCAUGCUCGCCCUAGCUAGUUAAAGUAUAGAAGAACGAGCGAUCUCUUAAACUUGCCUGAACUACUUUGAUAAUUUGUUUUCUUGAUUCCCUGGAUCUUUGCAUCGAUUUGUCUUGCUUCCAGGUAUUGACUUCAGUGACAUCCCAGAAGGAUUUUUUUUCUCUACAUUUCGCUCAGCACAGACGUAUGAGAGGUGGUCCUGAUUCAACGAGUGCAGCUCUACAGCGCUUUUCUUCAAGUGGAAUAUUAGACAUACGAUAACGAUCUGCCGUGUUACAUUCUAAUGUCACAAAUAAUCAAAAUGAUUAGAAGGUGGUAAACCACCAGGCGUGAUUACGUGUCCCUUGAACUUGUUGCUGCUCUUUUGAAACCUUUGUGAAGAGAUUCUCCAGUGCUUGGUGCUUGAGAUGCAAUGCAGCUCUCCUAACCGACAUAAAGAAAACAAGGAUAAGAAACAUAUAUGAACAGAUUGUGGAAGAACUAUAAUUUCAAAACUCUUCAUGUUUUUCUUUCAAAUUAAUAGACUUUGUGUAGAGAUGUCCUUUCAUCGACUCUGUGAUUCCGUAAUUCCCCAGUGAGGAUCGGUUGUUUGCUUUGGUUGGAGUUAGGUGUAGCAAACAGGUCGAAAUGGCAGCCGGAGUAGCAGCGUGGCUUCCCUUUGCCCGAGCAGCGGCCAUAGGAUGGAUGCCAGUAGCCAGUGCCCCUAUGCCAUUAGCACCCAGAGAAAAAAGGAGAACACAGGACGGCUUUAUUAUCAUUAACGUAAGUGGGACCAAGUUUCAAACCUGGAGGAGUACUUUGGAGAGGUACCCGGACACCUUACUCGGAAGCACAGAGAAGGACUUCUUUUUUAAUGAGGAAAUUAAUGAGUAUUUCUUUGACCGUGACCCAGACAUUUUCAGGCACAUACUUAAUUUCUACCGCACUGGUAAAUUGCAUUACCCACGGCAUGAAUGCAUUUCUGCAUACGACGAGGAGCUAUCCUUUUUCGGCAUAAUCCCUGAGAUUAUUGGUGACUGUUGUUAUGAAGAAUAUAAGGAUCGCAGGCGAGAGAAUGCAGAGAGAAUCCAAGACGACGCUGACGACGAGAAUAACAAAGAGGGAGUUAUGCCGGAUAUGACCCUACGUCAGUCAAUGUGGCGGGCAUUUGAAAACCCACACACGAGCACUUUAGCUCUUGUAUUUUAUUAUGUCACUGGCUUUUUCAUCGCUGUUUCAGUCAUAGCCAACGUGGUGGAAACUGUACCCUGUAGGGCUUCACCUGGCAUGAUUAAGGAUUUGCCCUGUGGGGAGCGCUAUGCCUUGGCAUUUUUUUGUCUCGAUACUGCAUGUGUUAUGAUAUUUACAGUCGAAUAUCUACUUCGCUUAAUCGCAGCACCCAGUCGUUACAGAUUUGUCCGAAGUGUUAUGAGCAUCAUUGACGUGGUUGCCAUCAUGCCCUAUUAUAUUGGGUUGGUAAUGACUGACAACGAGGACGUGAGUGGGGCCUUUGUAACCCUAAGGGUUUUCAGGGUCUUCCGGAUUUUUAAAUUUUCACGCCAUUCACAGGGACUGCGUAUCUUGGGUUACACGUUGAAGAGUUGUGCUUCUGAGCUAGGAUUUUUGCUUUUCUCGCUGACCAUGGCCAUUAUCAUCUUUGCCACAGUGAUGUUCUACGCAGAGAAAGGCUCCACAGCCAGCAAGUUCACCAGUAUUCCUGCAGCUUUCUGGUAUACUAUCGUUACCAUGACUACACUUGGAUAUGGCGACAUGGUUCCCAAGACGAUUGUAGGGAAGAUUGUUGGCUCAGUGUGCUCUCUGAGUGGAGUGCUAGUUAUUGCUUUGCCUGUUCCUGUGAUUGUCUCCAACUUCAGCAGAAUAUAUCACCAGAAUCAGAGAGCUGACAAGCGCAGAGCUCAGAAGAAAGCGAGACUUGCUAGAAUUCGAGUGGCGAAGAGCGGGAGCGCUAAUGCUUAUAUGCAGAGCAAACACAAUGGCUUGCUGACCGAUUCACCUGAGCAGGCCUCAAAAGAAGCAGGACAGGCCUUCCUUAGUAAAACCAACUUGUCGUUUGAAAAAGAGCAUCAUCACUUACUGCACUGCCUAGAGAAAACCACGAAUCACGAGUUUGUGGAUGAAGAGACUUAUGAGAAGAACUGCAUGGAAGUUUCGUCAGUGAACCCGCCAGGCUCUCGCUGCUCGUCCAUCUCGUCUCAGCAUGGGCUCACCUCCACUUGCUGCUCUAGAAGGAACAAGAAGACCUUCCGCCUCCCCAACUCCAACAUGUCAGGCAGCCAUGCGGGGAGCUUGCAGGAGCUCAGUACGAUACAGAUUCGGGAGAGACCACUGAUAUCUAACAGCCGUUCCAGUUUAAAUGCCAAGAUGGAAGACACAGUCCAACGGAACUCUGAGCACCCGUAUGUCACCUCAGCAAUAAUAAGCAUUCGAACUCCACCUGUGACAUCACGUGAAGGGAACAACACGUCAGACUCUCCGGACUACUCUCAGCGCAACAUAGUGAAAGUAUCAGCAUUAUAAAAAAAAAUUCUGGACACUGAAAAAGGCCUCAAACGCACCUGUGCUGGUUCUGUUCAGUUUUUUUGUGAUAGGUCUGGCUAGGAAGAAAGAAAGAAAUUCAGAGCUUUUAUUUUCCUGAGUGAUAGUUGAGGCAGUGUGCACAGUUUUUGAGGGAAUCAAAUGUUUAACACUUUACACUUUGUAUUUUCUGUACACCUGAGAGGUUGGACCUCCCGAGGUGAAACUGAGAUGGUGACAAAUAUUAUCUGAGAGUGAAAUCAGAUGAGCACAAUGAGACUUUAGGUGUUGAUGCUUCUUUCAUUAGAAAUUGUGUGUGUCUUUUAAUACCUGGUCUAUGACUUGAAGGAAAAUAUCAGCAGCAACUCUAGGCUCAUCAAGUAAAAGUUUAGAUUUAUGUAAAAUGAUAUGGGGGUGGGAGGAUCCCUACUGAACACAUUGAACAUGAUGCAACACCACCAUCCUAGUGCAUGCGCUAUAUAGAGUAUCUGCAGCUCUAACUCAGCAGUAAACCUUUCCUAAUAGGCAUGAACACGUGGUUUGUCCCGAAGCCAAUUUGUGCCAAUAUAUGUGGCUCUCAAGAUGGUUACUGCAAUGGUUACUGAACUAAUUAGUGUACACAGUUUUCUGUAUAUUCAGUAUUUUACACUAAAACAGUGUUUAGCAAAUCAGUGGCAAAAGAAAAUUCUGUGAUAUUGUUUAUAUAUAUAUAUAUAUAUACAUAAUAAGAGUAAUAUGACUGAGGACUUUGGUAUGGGAAGGGAAAGGUGGUAUCAUUCAUAGAUCAUAAUGGACACAAACUGUAAAUGUUCUCAUUUGUUGUGUGUCCGAGCCCGUAGAUAAACAUGCACUUCCCACUUUUAAAUCGGAUUUCAUGGGCAUUUCUGGGCAUUUUAAUACAUCUGUAGCAUAGUGGUGACUUUGUCCCUUGUAAAAUAUAAGCUUCUUCAUUCAGGACUAACAGAUUUUUUAGUAGGGACUGUAUAUUGUGGUAUGAAAUGUUUUCAAGUGUUGAAGUAUAUACUGUCUAAAGUGUACAUUUUAAAUAUGUAAUGAAGUUUAAAACAUCAUGCUUCUCCUAAAAUCACCACAAAUAACAUGAGUUGUGCUGUUUUCUGUGAAAGGACCCAUUUAAAAUAUACAUAAAAAAUGUUCUGAACCUAAAUGAAUUGUGCUGUGUGGUCAAACGUGUUUUACGAUAAAAUCUUUCCUUCAGAUACACUAGAAUGCAGCUCAGCAUUUAAAUUAAAGGCUCUUCUGCAACAUCAUUUAUUUGAUCAUUUCUUUUGAAAUAUACUUACUGCUCCGAAUAAUAAGAGUUAAUUAUUUGGGACUAGGGAGUAGAUUCAAUCUAAAACUAAGGUGGCUUGUGCAUCCUGAGAAGCUGCUGAAUUGUACGGUUUUUCAGAUUGUUUCUCUGUAUAUGUAGCUGUACGCAGCAUCAAAUUUAACAAUUCCUGAAGUGUAGGGUGCCACAAAAGACUGCUUUCACAAUGUAGAAUAAUGAGAGGUUGGCUCAAUAACUUAAAAUAAGAUGAAAAACAAAUGCCUGUAGAUCUUUUUUUUAUUAUUAUUUGAGGAGGGUGAAAAAUUUGAUGCAGGUUGUAAUGUUUCUUUCCUUUCUUAGUUAAUUCUAUUAUACAGUAGGCUACUCUAUGUUUGUGUAGAUAAACCUAUAUUUUCCUAUAUUGUUCCAUGUGAAAAAAAAAAACAUUAAAAAAAAAUAAAUUAAAAAAAUGUUGCACUUCCCUCCAACAAUGACAAGAUGAAAAUAUAGCCUGCAGUUGGACGGCCAAAAAUUUAUUAAAAUAAAAUAAAUGUUUGAACACACACACUAAAGCUAACAAUAUGCAGAAGAUUACACUGCUGCACAUUACAACAGGGGCAUUCAGUGUUCAACCUACAGUACAUCUAAAAAUAUGAUGCUUUGAAUAUUUCAUUUUGAAGUACUGCAGCUUUGAUCCUGAAUCUAUUGUGACUGUAGUUUUUGUACCUUAUAUUCACUGCCAGUUAUAAAAGAUUUGCAUUUACUAUCUUUUUAAGGCUGGAGUGUUCCAUCCCUCCAUAUUGUGUUUUACUAUAAAGAGAAGCAAUUAAAAUUCUUACAUGGGAUGCAAUGUCUAACUGAAUGCAAAAAUAUUAAAUUGUUUAAGUUUGUUUGCUGAAAUUGAAGUCUCCAUAAAAAAAUAAAAUGAUUA